UUUAUUUUUAAAUGCAUAAUUGUAUACUUUUCAAUAUGUUUAUUCAAUUAAAAAAAAUCUACCAGCAUGGGCUAGCUGCCAAAGCUAACCAGUCAUACCUUGGUCCACUUUUUCUGGUAAUUACGGUAGCUCUGCGCAUGCGCAGAACGCAACAUCCGGAAAUAAUAUUGUAGGCGAGAAUUAAAACCUCUUGAGUUGAGAGGGGUGGUCGCGACUCGGUGAAAUUGUUCCGCUGAUAGCGCAUAACACCCGAAAAACAUGAACGCGGAUCUUUUUUAGCCAACGAAAAUAUUUGUGCGGUCAACAGGAGUGGAAUUUCAUCUUUCUAGGGUUUGAUUUGUGCGGUCACUGGCUUAAAGAUAGAGGAACAGGGUCCAUUCCAUUGGCUGUAUACAAAGUUACGGGUGACAGCCGUUGCCACUGUUGAUGUCAUAUUAUUUUAUCCACAUGCGUAUUUAAAUUAAGUGUUGUUAUUGUAAAGCGGAUGUUUUAAACAUGAAGAAUAACUGGUGCUGAUAUAUGGCGUAACAGGGAUUCGUUGAUAGUUUUGUUGGACACAACUUUAUUUAUUAUAUGUGCGACUGAACACUAGUAAAGCUAUGGCGGAAUCGGUCAAGACCUUUCAAGCGCACCUGACCGCUGUCAUGGACAGUUUAGUCCGCGCAUCCGUGUGCGAGAUCACCAAACUCUUCCAGGACACGGUGAACGACUACCUGGUGGAAAUCUCGCUGAACAGAAAAGAGAACGAAGCGCUGAAAUUGAGACUGAGGCUGACAGAGAAUAAAUUGAGAAACGAACGCAAAUAUGGCAUGGGCUGGGCGGCCAGUCGGCGUGCGGCUGGUCUGCUUGGCGCGGACGACACCGUGCGCAAAGCGCGAAGAAUGGAUCUCCAAAUUCUCAGAUUUCUUUCUCCUUCCUCUCCUCCUCUUUUGGAUUCCUCCCUCCCCCUCCUGUCCUCCUCUCUCCUCUUCCCCCUCCCAUCUUUCUCUCUCAGGAGGCAAGCAAGGGAAGGAGUGGAGUGCUAAUGCGUGGGAGGAGGGGACUGGAAGAGUGAGGGAUGAGAGGAGGGACGUGUUCCGUGUCCAUCUGCCAGCUGGAGGAGGUGGAGGUGGGGAGGAGGAGGAGGAGGAAAGGAUAUGUGUCUCUGGGGAGAGGAAGGAGGUGGCCAGCAUUAAAGAGGAGGUGGAAGGCUACAGAUCAGACUCCCUGAGGCUGUUGCAAGAGGCUCUACAGAUGAACCAAAGUGAAACCAGCCCUCCCUCCCCCAGUCCCACCCACGGAGAAAUGGGCCCCACCUCUACUGGCCCUCAAUCCACUGCUACUGAAGUGUGGGAGGAACAACCGACCUUGUCAGAGGAACAAAUGACCGGUGGAGACGAGCUCAGUGGACUGGAGACGGCCCUCAAGGCGGAGCGUGAACGUGAAGAGGCGGAGUCCGGCCUGGGUAGCCCGUCUCAGGAGGCAUGUGGAUCCGAAGGUGUGGCGUUCAUCGGAUUAGAUGGUUUAUGCAGCUCUCAGCAGGGUAUGUCAUCCUCGUCACAUAGGGCAGACCCUGCAGAACUCCCAUCAGCCCCUACGAACAAGGAAGAGGAAGAGGAGUCAGGAGGAGAGAGCGGGGACAUGCUGCAUUUCUGCGCACGGUGCGGCAGCGGCUUCAGUUCCACGUCUGACCUCAUGAAGCACUCAUGCCCUGCGACCGAGGAUCGGCCUUAUCAGUGCUCGGUUUGCGGGAGAGCGUUCGGCCACGCCUGGAGCCUUAAAAGCCACGAAUGCGUGCAGGCGGGAGAGCAGCCGCACCACUGCGAACUUUGCGGCAAACGCUUCACGCACUCGCGGUCCCUUGAGCGCCAUCAGCUAGUUCACACAGGUGAGCGUCCCCACAGGUGCCCGCAGUGCGGCCGCAGCUUCAGUCGUCUCGGCAAUCUGGAGAGGCACCAGCGCAUCCACACGGGUGAAAGGCCGUAUGAGUGCGGGGCGUGUGGGAAACGAUUCAGUCGAGUGGAAUACCUUAAACGGCAUCAGCACAUCCACAUUGGAGAAGCAAUGGUGAAACACCCACCGCUGCGAAACUCCCACCACUGCUCUCAGUGCAACCAGACAUUCAGCGAUACUGAGCAGUUCAAGCAGCAUCAAUGUCUGUAUAACACUUAAUGUUAUUCAGUGUUCAUGAGAAUCUUGUUCUUACACAAUACUAGACCAUAACUAGUCAGAUCUGCAGCACUCAAAACACCUUAUUCUUCAUAUUUCUAUUCAUUUUCUGUAUAUCUAAUUUUAUUUUAGCAUCUUACCACAUGCUUCUUCCUUUAAUGACCCCAAACAAGAUCUCAUUACUGACUUGUACACAAACCCUAAACCUCAAAGCAAAGCACACUUAACCUAGUGCAAAGACAAUAUCUCAGAGUGGAAUUUAUUAUUUAUUAUUAUUAUAUUAUUACUCAGAAACUGUCAACUCAUUAUUCACAGUUAAAGUAUAUAUAUAGGAACAUAACAAGCACCUCUGUUCCAACUCCAAAAAUGCAAAUAACUCUAUUUUUGUUAUGUCAAGCUACUUAUAACAGGUUGUGAAAUAUUUUUUUGUGAACAAGGACGUUUAUAACAACUUGUUGUUUCUUAUUAAUAGCAAAUUGUGUUAUUCAUCCAUUCUUUAGUAUGUUUUUUUUUUUUUCUCUUAUAGAUCCCAUGUGUUGUUUUUACUCCUUUUUACUCAAAUCAGAAGUGAAAUAUUUGUUGUGAUGAUAACAGUAUUGCUUUAGGUUUUGUAAUUAGGUAUUUUUUUUCAUGUUGUAUUUCAUUUACUUCACACCGUAUUAAACAUUAUGGUAAAUGUAAAAUAAAAAUCCUAUCCAAAUGUACA